AUAGAGAGAGAAAGAGAAGAAAAAAGAGAUAAAGAUGGAGGCGCACAAGGAGAGGGCAGAGCAAAUGGAGAGAGAAGCAGAGAAGAUUACCGUUGCCGGUCGUUCAAAUGAGAGUUUAGAUCAAAAGGUAAUAUUGGUUGAAGAAAAGGCUUAUGAAGAUGUGAUUCGCAAAGCCGUAACAGGUGGAGAAGUAACUGGAGAAGAAGAAAUGGGUAAUAAAGUGAUUAAGAGUCCUGAAGAUGUUCUUGUUUUCUCUAGGUCUGUCCAAAAGAUCGAUUCUUCUCUUGAAUAAGAAAUUAUCUAUCUCUCUCUCUCUCUUAGAUUCAUGUAUGUAAGCAUAAUAAUACAUAGUAAUAAGAAGAUCGAAGAAUAAAAAGGAGAAAGAGAAAGAAGAAGAAAAAGACAGGAAGUUGGUUUGUAUUAAGUUUCAAGGCUUGUUUGUAUUUGGGGUAUGUUUUGAUUGAUUUUGGAGUUGUUAAUUUUAAUGUUUGGUUUUGUCAAGUUAUUUUGAUUUCAUAAACAUGUUUGUUUGAUUAAUGAAAGUG